GUUCAAAGAAUUUCAACCAAUGGGAUACAAGCAAAUUUACGUGGCUACUAUGGUAACCCUGACUUCCAACUUCUCCAACUUCUCUUUUUCGGUCAGCUGGUCGAGCGUGUACGUUGCUGUGAUAAACAAAAUUAUAAAUCGCAGCCAUGGUUCGUAUGAACGUUCUUAGCGAUGCUCUCAAAUCCAUUAACAAUGCUGAAAAACGUGGAAAAAGACAGGUGCUAUUAAGGCCCUGUUCAAAAGUAAUCAUUAAAUUUCUGACUGUAAUGAUGAGGAAAGGAUAUAUUGGAGAAUUUGAAAUUGUUGACGAUCACCGCAGUGGCAAAGUUGUAGUAAAUCUUAGUGGAAGACUAAACAAGUGUGGUGUAAUUUCACCAAGAUUUGAUGUCCCAAUUAAUGAUAUUGAAAAAUGGACCAACAACCUGUUGCCAUCUCGACAGUUUGGAUAUGUUGUGUUGACCACAAGUGGAGGAAUUAUGGAUCACGAAGAAGCUAGAAGGAAGCAUCUUGGAGGAAAAAUACUUGGGUUUUUCUUUUAAUGUUUAUUUAAUUCAAUAAAAAUUUCUUAAUAUCCAAA